AUGAAGGCUCAUUCAACUAAGAAAACAUAUCCAAAUUCGGAAGUAAAAGAUUUACAACAAGUUCUUGAGGUGGUAAAUUCUUGCAACAAAAGAAUAGAUAACUUGGAAACCAUUACUGCCAAUCUGGACAAAAAUUUGACUAAUUCUGUUUUUGACUGUAAAGUUGUGAACAAUAUGGUGUGUGAAUUGAAAAGCGAGUUAUUCACAUCAAUCGACAGCAAAUUGAAGCGCCAACUAUCAGUAAUGCGAGAAGACCAAAAUAGUUUCAAAAAUGAAAUGGAAGAGAAAUUAAAAAAAGCAGAAACAGAAGUGAAACGGCUCCAAGGUCGGGUCGGGUCACUUGUGGAAGAGAAAACCAAUCUGUUGAAGCGGAUAAAAAGCUUAGAAAUUGACAAUAAAACAUUUAAAGACGAAGUAAGUUCGCUAAAUACAGCUAUAAAAGUAAACUAUAAUGAUGAUAUCAACACAAAUCCAACGUUAAUACAGUGUUAA